CUCAGCUGUUGUGUUUUCUUCAGACUGACUGAAGGACCUCUGAUAGACUCUCACAGCUCGCGAAGGAUUUCUAAACUGCAGCGUUUGCAGGCGGCUGUGAAAGAGCUGAAGUGAAAGUCUGCAGCUCACACUGACCCUCGGUGCUCAUCCAGACACCAUGAAGACUGCACCUGUGGCUCUGCUCCCCGGUGUGUGUGUGCUGCUGCUGUCUGCACCGACUGUUUCUGCAGUGUCUCUGUCUGUCAGUCCAAACCUUCAGCAGGUCUUCAGCGGAUCCUCUCCAGUGUCUCUGAGCUGUGAUGAUGGAUGGACGGUGAGGAGGACCAGAGGAAACCAGACUGAUGAGUGUGGAGCAGCGGCGGACUUCACUAGACUUGAUGAGUCCUCGUGUGUUCAGGACUUUAAAACAACCUUCACAGCGAUUUACUGGUGUGAAACCAGUUCUGGGCAGAAGAGUGAUGACAUCAUCAUCAGUGUUUCAGAAAAAGGAGUGAUCCUGGAGAUCCCGGCACUUCCUGUGACAAAAGGAAGUAAUCUUACUCUGCGUUGCAGGCUCAGCACUGGUGACACAGUGGCAGCUUACUUCUUCUACAGUGGACGUCGUCUUGUAUCUGGACAUAAAGAGCACACCAUCUCUAACGUGCAGCAGUCUAAUGAGGGUUUCUACUGGUGUGCUACUGAUCUGAGUGGAUCAUCUGCUCAUAGCUACCUGAGGGUCAGAGAUCCCCCGACGACCUCCGUCAGAUCAUCUGUCCAUUCUCGUGAAACCAUGUCCCCCUUCCCCUCUCUUCCCCCUCCUCCUCCUCCCACCAACUGUUCCUCACCUCCUCCUCCUGCUCCUUCUUGUGUGCCUGUGUUGAGACUCCUCUCCCACCUGCUGGCCUUUUGUAUUUACUCCAUCACCACCGGCCUGCUGCUGUCCAUCUGCUUGGACCGGCUGGCCACCAGGCGCUCAGCAAACAGACUUCCCGUCUCCGUGGAGAUGACCCAGUGCAUUGAAGAAAACUACGAGGCGGUGGUUGACAUCACGGCUGAUGCGCUCGUCGAGGACUCUGAAUACUCUGAAUGAGUCUGCUGCUCUGACUCCGCUGACGUUUCAUCACACGUGAGCAGAGGGAAGCGUCCAUCGUGCGGGAAGCUCCAGCUUCUCAUUUCUCAGACUGCACAUGUGAUACUGGGUUCUUCCCGCUCCUCAAAGUCACUUCCUGAAAGAUUUGUUACU